AUGCUUAAAUCGUUGCAAGUAUUCGUGUUCCCAUUUCUGGCUCUUGUCACCGGUCUUGUGUUAGAUGCUACAAAUUGUCGCAUCCGAUUUCUCCGUAUACCGGAUACUAUUCUCAUUUUUCUAUUCGCCCUUGGCACAAGUUUCAUUCUUCACUUAUUCUUCCCUCAGAAUUUGAUGACACAUAUUGAUGAAACAUAUACAUGGAAGACCGUUGAACCAGGCAUCGUUGUUGGAGUUCUUCUACCUCUACUUAUUUUUGAAUCUGCGGUAAAAAGCAAUUCACAUCUAUUCUUUCAAAAGCAAUGGCUACUAUUCGCGUUGACUGCUACUGUCUAUUUAUUAACACUAAUAUUAUAUACUGCUCUAAUGCUACCGUUUUUACGGAUUAUAGACAAUUGGAAUAUAUUCACGGUUGGUAUGAUUUUCACUGAAAUGAUUUGCCGGUUUUAA